AUGCCUCAGCUACGUAGCGCUAAUACUAUGUCCUCUUUGAGGCUUCCACACGAUCGUCGCCAGAAGCUCUGGUCUCGUAUUCCAGACUUAAUCACUGACGCUGGGUUCAGGACCCUAAAGCCUGGAACGUCUAAGUUCACACUGAGCCCUACCCGGGUGCGCAGCUGGCCAGACUUUGCAAAAGAAGUCAAGGCUCUCUUAGAGCCCUACUGCGGUAAAUACGAGGCAUUCAAUUCUGUUGUAGCUAAGGAGUUUUUCGCCGUGGCCAAUGAACUGGGAGUACAGGGUCGCUUCGUCAAUAAUGUACUGCACCCUGUUGGGGAGGUAACGGAGCUGAUGAAAUUCGGAGUCCGUUUCGGAGACGCGCAAUAUGGUGUGAAUAGACGCCAAGAUCCUGUGAAGAAAGGGCAGAAGCGAAAGCGCGGCCUACAGAAGAUCAAGAAGGCAAAGUCGAAACUCAUACCCGAUAUAGUAAUGGUGGAUCGCAAGACACAUACUAUCAGAGUAGUGGGCGAGGUUAAGACUUUCUGGACAUUCGCACCGAAGAAACGCCAGACGUGGCACAAUUUCCUGUCCGCUAAGCUAGGCAUGUGGUCAUAUAUAUUUCCAGGAAAGAUAUCAAAAGCUGACUGUACUGUUAACGAUAUAGGUCAGGUAGCACGCUAUAUGGACGACCACUACUGCCGCUAUGGCUUGCUUACAACCUAUGAAUAUACGUGGUUUGUCAAGCGUCAGGAUGAUACCCACUUCCUCAUGUCUCCACCUAUAAGCGCAACGGCGCAAUCGUCUGCGUACUGCGUUUCUCUUCGCGAAUGCCUCUUCGCCACGGCAAUUAGAGGUGCGGAUGACAAAGAAAGCGACUACGGUGUCCGAUAUGGACCGCAGUUGUUCGUCGAUACACACCUUCUUUGA